CAUAGUAACAGCUCAUUUACAGGGAACAUGUAUGAAAAAAAUGUUUAUUUAACGUUUAUGGAAGGAGUCUCCAGUGUCAGAGGUAAAGCUGUAACUUUAAGUUUUCCGACAUCUUCAGGAGUUUACGCUUUGCACAUUUUUUUUCGUAACAUAACAAACUGUGUUUUUUUUAUCUUACUAUUUUCGAGAGAGAGACUAAAGAAAGGCAGAGUGUUAGCAUGAGCAGCGCAGCAGACGGCUGCAUCCAGUUCACCCGGCAUGCAGGUGACGUGCUGUUCAACUUCAACCGCCUGCGCAGCCGAAAUAUCCUCACUGACGUCACCGUGCGGGUCGGGGGCCGAGAGUUUCACGCACACAAGACCGUCCUCAUGGCCUGCAGUGGCUUCUUUUACACCAUCUUCAUCAACACCCACAAAACCGAACCAGCGGUGGUUAGCUUGGACACUAAGGCCGACCCUGAAGGCUUUGCCAUCCUGCUGGAGUUCAUGUACACUUCCUGCCUAACCCUAAAAGAGCGCUUCAUCGUGGCCACGCUCAACACGGCCAUCUACCUGCAGAUGGAACACAUGGUGGAAACCUGCCAGCGCUUCAUGGAGUCCAGGGGUUUGAGUGUGAAGCAGCUGCAAGGGGAACCACCAGCUGGCUCCGCCCUUUUACCUCAGGACAUGCCCGUUGACCUCCGUGACCUCACUCCUCCUGCAGUGCACUAUGCAGUCAGCACUUCUCCUAGCAACCUGACUAGCAUCUACAGCCACCUUCCUCCUCGCCCUCUUCCGACGGGUUCCGUCUCAAACGCCAAACUGCUUCCCUGGGAAAUUCCGAAAGACAGCCAAGCCGUAACUCACGGGCUAGGUUCCAAUCCAGGAGGAAGUCGAGGCAAGCAUUUGAGUAUGGACCCUGCCAUCCAUCUGGAUCGGAGUGCGAAAAUGGAGGAAGCUGAGGUAGAGAACUCUCCUCACAUGGUCAAUCCUCGCAGCCCUCUGAAGUCGGACUGCCAGCCGAAUUCUCCAGCUGAGUCGAGCGGCUGCAGUCGAGAAGCCGCGUCUCCUCCGAAAGUGCGCAACUGGAAGAAGUACAAGUUUAUCGUGCUCAACUCGGCUGAAGGAGAUGAGAAUCCGCUCUGGAAUUCCAACCGAUCCAUGGAGAAAUGCAGCGAGACAGCGACGAAGCAGACGCCUGUGUCCAUGUCCAUCCACGCUGUGAGACAGGAGAGCAAUGUGAACAGCGCCGAGACGAAGACUGAGAGCAGUGAUCUAACCUGCAGUGAAUGGGACAAAAUGGAGAAUGAUUCCGAGAACCAUCAGUGUCUCCAUGACGCCAAACCGUACGACUGUGACCUUCACAGAACCUCCUUCACCUCCAACCACAACCUCGCUAACCACAAAUCUGUCUCUCCAGGUGAGAAGCCGUACCGCUGCAGUGUGUGUGGCGCUCAGUUCAACCGGCCGGCCAACCUGAAGACUCACCUGCGCAUCCACUCGGGCGAGAAACCGUACAAGUGCGAGACGUGUGGCUCCGCCUUCGUCCAGGUGGCUCACCUGCGUGCUCACGUGCUGAUCCACACCGGCGAGAAACCUUACUGCUGCUCCGUGUGCAACACGCGCUUCCGCCAUCUACAGACGCUCAAAAGUCACCUGCGCAUCCACACUGGCGAGAAGCCCUACCACUGUGAGAAUUGUGAUCUACAUUUUAGACAUAAGAGUCAGCUCCGCUUGCACCUGAGACAGAAACACGGCGCCGUGACCAACAUCAAGAUCUCCAACCGCUGAAACACUGACACAGCAAUACACACACACACACUCACUCAAAUACAGUGGUACAUGUACUGUGGUGUUUAAAUGUCUGAGUCCACUACCAAUCACUUAUCACAAAACUAACAUAAGAUUAUAAUUCACAAUAUCUGUAUAUAAUAUGACUGUGGGGAAAUACUCCAAUCUGAUUGGUCCGUCGAGGUAUUCAGGCGUGUGUUGUAUUUCUAAACCUGAGCCGUUCACUGUAUGUAAGUCGGCUCCCGUUGCUUUAAACGCAAAUGUUUCUUUAACACUGGAAUGCAGAUAAGCGCUGACUCUAUUUACUUUAAAUUAGCUAGCUAAUUUUGUACAAGUAUAAAAUAUAUAGACAAAAAAAGAUAUUACUUAAAUUAUUAAAAUAUUUAAAUUGCUGAAUAGUCUAAUAUAACUUAUAGAGCACUUAUCAGUAUUAUGUCUUAGUUAAUGUUUGAUAAGUGAUUGGUAGUACCCUCAGACUUUUUUUUUUUUUUGCAUU